AUGGCACGUUUAAUGUCUCUUCUUAGCCUCUGGCUCUACCUAUUCCCUCUCGCUAUGUCCGUAGACUUCGAGAGUGUCACCAUCAAUCGAGACCUAGACAACGUUGUACACACAUGUGUGAGCAAAUGUCUCUACUACACCAUCGUCAGCGACAUGGGCAAGGCCAUGGGCUGCGAUGACCCCUAUGACAACAACUGUUAUUGUGCUACGGCAUCUGCGUCGGCAUCCCAGGCCGAUGCUUGGAUGUCCAAGUGCGCCUCGAAAACAUGUUCAGCAGGAGAUCGAUCUCGAGACCUGAGCUCCAUGCAGUCCAUCUACGCCUCUUAUUGUAUGGGGGCCGGGUUCACUCAGCCUGGCGCCACCAACUGGUACAACCCAGCCGAAGCGACGGAGGAGCCUCAGUCACCCUCAGGGGAGGAUGACGAUGAUAGCACCAACGCGGAGCCUAGCAAAACGGUCGACUCGGGCUCGGUGGAGACGACAACACACUUGACCAUCGUCACACAGACGACAGAGGGAGGCGCAGGCCCAUCCAAGUCGCGGGUAACUGUCGAGGCGACCUCGACCUACUAUGUGAACCCGGACGGAUCUCCUGCACAGAUCAACCUAUCCGACUCGAGCGACAACUCGGCCGUCAAGAUUGGCGUUGGUGUAGCAGUACCUGUGGUGGCUAUUGCGGCGAUUGGACUAUUUGCUUGGUGGUUCAUCAGACGGAGAAAGCAACGACAAGCACAGACUCUCCCGACUACACAACCCGUCACCGAAACUGCCGCAGGCGGUGGCGCUGGCAUUGCACCAGAGCGAAAAGACACGAUACAAAGGAAGCCCGUUGGUGCCACCGCAGUCUCUCCCGUCUCAUCUGUGUCUCAUACCAACGAACUCUCUGGCGCUGGAGUCCAACGUGAGGUUCAACCUUUCCCCGCCGUGACACCGAGCCCACCCGUCCAGGUCCCUGGACAACACGAGAUGACUGGCGACGGCUGGCGGCCGAAUCUGGAGAUGGAUGGACGGGAUGCUCGAGUGGAGAUGUCGGGAGAGGCCAGGCCACCUGAGCUGCCAGGACAGACGAGCAGUCCACCUCCCGUGUAUACGGCGCACGAGACUACACAGAGGUGGGAACUGCCCGACAACUCACGAUAA